GUUUUACGGAUAAGAUUAUCAGUUUGAUAAACUGUUUAUUAAGACUGUGAUUAGCUUCUUCUGACUCUUAAAUAUACCGCAAAUUAGAUUUGUUCAGAGAGAUUUGUCUUUCUACUAAUGUCCUUGUUUAUUGCUUACCGUUGACGGUCGAUAUACUGCAGUAUAGGUUAAAGGUUGAGAGAAUAGCGAGACCAUGUGUGGAUGUAAAUCCUGCUGGAUACAAAACUCGGAUAAAGAGUACGAUCCGGAAAAGAACGAUGAAGUGAAAGAGCAGUGCGUUCCUGAUGAUGAUCUGGUGAACAUCAACGUAUCAGGCACGAUGUAUAUCACCAGUUACACUUGUCUCAAUAUGUUCCCAAACACACUUCUCGGUAACGAGGAGCGCCGCAAACAGUACUACUCCGAGAAACUGGGUGCCUACUUCUUCAACAGACACAAACCGUGCUUCGAUUCCAUACUUCACUACUAUCAAACUGGAAAGGAAGCGCCACCGUUAAACGUUGAUCCGGACGUGUAUGCAAAAGAGAAGGAGUUUUUUGGUAUAAAGAAAAAACGUGAAGUGGCAGUGUUCAUCCCCGAGGGAGGUGGGUCAGAUGGGAUAGAUUGUGUUAAUUCUUGCAGGAUGAAGGUUCACAAUUUCUUACAAGACCCAAGAUCGUCCUCCUUAGCUGCUGUUUGGCAUGGUUUUGAUAUACUUUUCAUCUGUAUAUCUAUAGCAUUUAUGGUUCUUGAAAGUGAAAAGACGUAUGAAGAUCAUUUCACGAACAAGAAAAAAACGUCUUCCUACUACAAACCUCUGUUUGUCGUUAACUGCAUAAUCAUGGGAUUCUUCACCACUGACUUUAUGGUCCGGCUUGUAACCUGGCCGAGCCUCCUGGACUUCUGGAAAAAUCUGUUCAACGUGUUGGACAUUCUAUCUAUUCUGCCUUUUUAUGUCAAUUUAAUGGUGGAUGACAAUACCGAUAGCGACAUAGCGGGUGAGGAUAAUAAGCAGCACUACGUCGUUCUGAGGGUCUGCCGAAUCUUCAGGAUCGUGCGAAUAUUCAAGUUUGUAAGACACUCCCGAGAUCUUUUAAUCAUCAUGAAGGCUGUGAGCAACGCCAAACGGGAGCUUAUUCUUCUUAUGUGCUUGCUCUUUAUUUUUGUCAUCACAUUCGGAAGUAUUAUGUACUACAUCGAGGCUACCGCCAACCCAGAUUUUGAUUCCAUUAUGAAGAGUUGUUGGUGGGUGAUUGUUACCAUUACGACCGUGGGAUAUGGUGACAUGUAUCCAUUGAGUGUAGGUGGUAAGCUCUUCGGUGGAUUCGUCCUCACCCUCGGAAUCGUCUUCCUGGCCCUGCCGAUGACCAUCAUUGUAUCCAAAUUUAGUUUUGUUUACGAGAGGGAAAAGAUGUAAACGGUUAAAAUGUGUUUAACUGCACGAACAGCAUAUCUAUUACACGCAAUGGAGGAAUAGCCAUGUCACACGACAGAUUAGGAAGACAAGUCAGAUGUAAAAGAGCCUUGAAACGAGAAGGAAACACUUGUCUCCAAGGACAGAUCCGUAUUGUGACUUAACAGAGGUGACAAUAAUCCAGGUUAAUUAAUUAUAUGGAUCGAAGUGUUACAGUUUCAGCAAAGCUCAUAUAUAUCAACUGUGAUAUACAAAAAAAUAUUUUUCUAAAUAGAAUUUUGCAAUUUUUUAUUCGUGCAUUGAUGUCCGCAAUUCUGAAAACAAACGUGAAAUUUUGACGCUCUAAUUUAGGGAAUAUUUGCGGAAGAAAUUUUUUGCUGCGUUUAGACAAUUGGACUAAAUGUUACGUGCUAAGUUCUUAUUUAUAAUUAGUUCGAAGGAAAGGCAGAGCAACCACGUAUUUUGACGCUCAAAUAGUAAUGUCUUGUACUUGUAGUUGUGCAGGUUAUUAAUAUUAUUGCAAUAAAAAUGCAUCUUUGACUUUACUACAUUCACUCGCCACAGGGAUUAAGUGAUGAAUUCUUUAGAUUUUCUUACACUCCCUCGGAAUAUGUUUUUAUGUUUUACUCAGUCUGUUAAACGUGGUAUAAACCUAAUUAUAGUACAAUGAAAAAACACGCGCAUGUGCGAGUGAUCCUUUUGCUGCUAGGUGAGUGGCGAUCAGUGCACGUGCAUUAUAAUGUUUAUAAAUAUAAUUGUAUUGUAAUUAUGUUUAUAAAUAUAAUUGUAUUGUAAUUAUGUUUAUAAAUAUAAUUGUAUUGUAAUUAUGUUUAUACUACUAUAAGGUAGUUGGCACUACUUCAGGCUAAAUGGAAUAAUAUGUCACAUGUAUUGUUGAUAUUGGGUGCAAUGACAGGUCACACGUAGUGAGAACGUCACUGUCAUUAGUUGACUAUAGUUUUUACACGUUUUUUCCAAUUUGUUUCCAAGUGAUAACUAUUUCUUGGAUUGGCACUUAUGUAUUCCGAUGCGAAUCUUUUUUAAUUGAUUCGGGAUUUCAACAGUAUUAUCGUGCUUCUGAAAAUUACGAUGGUUGACUUUGAGUCUUGAAUGUAAAUUAUUUCUGUUUGAAUCUAAGUAUUAAAGUAUUAAGAAUCUAUUAAGUCGUAUUUUUUUUAAAAGUUAAAAAUAUUUGGUAUUCAUAAAUACCAAAUUUAGAGUUUUCUUUUACAUUUUAUGAAUAGCAACUACCUUUUGCUAAUAGUAAUGGCUAAUUCUAAGUUAUUGCUAGGUAGUUGCUAAUUUUGAUAUAUCUCCGGUUGUAAUGAUCCCAAAAGGUUCCGGUUUAUCUUUUGGCGAGGAAAAACUUUCUCUUCAACAACAUUUUUAUAAAAUUAUUGUUUAAUUGGAUAAUUAGCUAAUUGGUGGAUAAAAAAUCAAAAAAUAAUUGAUGCCAAAAAUUAUUGAAGUGACGUGAAACGUGAAAAAAAGGUGAUUUAUAGAAACACAUGAAAAAAUGUUUGCUAGGCAAUGCUUAGAAAAAAAUUAUUCCUCGCCGGAAGAUAUUAAUUGCUAAGGGAAAGUAGUUGGUAUUCAUAAAAAGAAUUGGAAUUUGGUAUUGAUGUCAAUUGCCAAAUUUAACUUUUUAUGAAUACGGCUUAUUAUGUAUUAGAUUUUUAAUCUACAUAGCAAAUGAUAUACGCUUGCUUUGCGCUUUUCUUUAUAGGUUCUUACAGUUACAAUAUAUCACAAUGCUGUUCAAGGAUUCACAUUUUAUUACUUUUACAACAUUAUAA